AUGAAGAAUAAACAAAGACUCCAGGUCUCUCAAAAUAAGACUGAUAAGCUCUCUACCUCUAAGAAACCCUAAUCAAUUUAGAACAGUCCUCCAAUUUAGGUUUAAAAGCCAAAAUCUAAGAAGAAAAGCAAGGCAAAGUACAGCACAAUAAAAGAUGACUCAAUUAAACUCUAACCAGUGUUAUCCCCACAAAGGCAAAAUAGAUUAGGCUCUCCCAGUAGUAAUGAAUGUUCAAAUACCAUAUCUUUGAUUGAAAACCAGAAAUCUGCAAGAUCAUCAAUUGUUGGCAAGUCUAGCAAGAACUUUGCAUUCAUGGAGAACUUGAGAACACUUAGUAAUUAAGAAGCUCAAUUUGUCCACAAAACAAAUUAAAAGCCAAAGUGGGUAAAUUAUUUCAAUGCUAUGUUUGCAAAUAAUUCCUAGGUCAACUCAAGCUAAAGCUUGGCAACUAUCUAAAUCCAUAACUAGAAUCUCUUUUCAAAGAAAUGCUUGAAUAUCAACUUGUAAAGGCCUCAUAAGAACAAUGAUAGUGUGAAAAUUAAAUCAAAAAAUCGAAGAGAGAGUAAAAGAGAGGCAGAUACAUCAGGAGCAAUUCCAAAUACCAAUGUUGUGGCGACUGGAUAUAAUCAGAGAAAUCUGGAUUUAAAAAACGAGGGAAGUGAAAUAGAAUAGGAAAACAAGUUGGAACAAUAUUUGUAUGCAACGGAAGAUGAUACCAACUCGAAUCCCAUCACAAACCUACAGUUUAGUUAAGGUCAUAAUACCAAUGAUGUUCUAACUAAUGAACAUCCACAAGAAGAUUAAUACUAUACUCUGUAGAAUUAGCUAUAUAUAACAGGAACAGAUACAACCAACAAAACCUAAGAUAUUUAGAGAGGCACAAGGAUUCAAACCGCAGAUAACUUUGUGACUUUUCAGUAGCAAAUAAGUUCUUAUAAGGAAGAAAUCAAAGAUCAAUGUGAUCCUCAUAAUGAAUCAACUAUUUAGCAUAAAGUAUAGAUAUUUGAAGCACCACUCUCAACCAGUUCUCGAAAAUCAUCUUAGAUUGAAGAUGCUCCAUUACUUAGCUACCUUCCAUAGCCUUGCGAGAGACCAUAACUCGAUCAUUCAUCAUUACUUAAGAGGAGUGUGAAGAGCUCAAACUCACACAGUGCUAAUGCUAGUCAUCACGACUCUCUCUCCCGUUUUAUUUUACCUGUUGAGCGGGUGAGAGCUGUAUUUUAAGGAUUUAAGAUCAGAAAAAUUCUAGGAGGUAGGAGACUUAAGAAUCUCAUUUUGAAGAUAAAUCAGCUUCACAAGGAAUUGAUAACUGCUCAAGACGAGACCACAAAUGAUCUUGAAUCUUAUACUGUGAAAUAAUUAGACCUCUAGUACAGAAGGAAGAAGGACUUGUUCAUUAAUACCUUUAACGAACUAGUUAAAAUUAACUAAUGGUACAGAGCAAGUAAAAUGAGCGAUAAUAUAUAGCAGCGCAAAAGAGAACUUAUGAGAUCUAGACUUAGAAAUAAUAAAUCAGUUGCUGAUAAUAACUCUACAAAUGAAAAUAUUUCUUCUUAAGAAGACGUUCACAUUACAAUUCUAAAGAGUAGCAACAAUUUCCAUGAUACCCUAGGCAACAAUACUUUAACCUCUCCAAGUAGAAUUGACAAUCCAGAGGAUCAAUACUUGAGGUAGUAUAAAUUGCAAGAUGAGGCAACGAUUCCAGCACUUUCAAAAUAUAACAGUGUUCAAUCCAAUGGUACAGACACUGAGAAAAGUAAGAACAGAGUUAAGUUCUACGAAUCUUAUCAGAAUUGUAAGCUGAUGCAAUCACCACUUUAGCAGAACAUUUUCGUGGAAUAGGAACAAGCUAAUGUUGAAAAGAUAGUCAUCAGCUUCUAGGAAAUCUAUGAGCAAGAAAAGGAAAAGUUCAAGAAACUGAGGCUUGAGAGAAGCAGUUCAAGAGACAGAAGCAUGAGGGAGCGCAGUAUUGACAUCAAACUCAAUGAUGAUAGCUUCCAUUAGUCUUCUUCAUAACAUCUCACCAAGCAAAAGAGUCAAUCCUUCCUUCACAAUAAUUCUCUUAAUACAAUAGAAGAUGAAAGCUUGAUAAGAGAGGCAAGAAAAAGUGUUAUCGAGAAGUAUCAUAAGCAGCACUCAUCAGCUUUGUUUAAAAUGUAAUAGGACGGAGAUAGUGAUUCUUAGUCUAAGGUUAAGAUCAAUUUUUAAAAGAAGGCAUCAACUGGCAAAGAUUAGCAAAAAAGACUGGUGCUUGCACAUAAGGGAGUAGUUAACUUAGAUUCAGAUUGCGGUGUUUCUUCAAAGUAAAAUUCAAUGAUUGCUUCUGAGAAGAUAGACAACAGUCUUAGAAAUUCACAAGUAAGUACAUAGCAAAGCCAAAGAGUAUUCUCUAAGAAUAGAUUCGUUAAUGAUAAACCAAAUGAAAACAACAACAAUUAGAGCAUAUAAGGACAGGAGCAGUACUACAAUAAAUUGAAGUUUAAAUAUUCUAGAGUGGCAAGCAAGAUCGACUGCUGGAACUAAUCACAGAAUAAUACUCCUAAUAAAUCUCCAGUUAAACGAAUGAGAUCUAAUGACUCACACAACUACCCAUUGUAAUCACCAGCAGCAAUGCAAAAUACUUCUAGUUCUAAGAAGAGUUAUCUUAAAACAGUCUAGGUAAAAGAGUGCAUUCUGAUUACUCCAUCAAUAACAACUUAGACUUCAGCUACUGAGUCUGUUGAUAGCACUCCUUCAAAAAUGAAGAACAUUACCACAAGGCACUAGAAAUAAAUCCAAGCACAAUUCUAAUAGAAAGCUUUAUAAGCAAGCAGAACAACAAAUCAGCAUAAAUUGUAGACUUCCAAAUCUUAAGAGAACUUCUUCCAAGCCAACUAGGGAACACAGUAGAGUAAAAAGGAAGCAGAAAACAUUAAAGUUAAGAUUAAAAUCAAUUACAACAAUUUGAUGAAGUUGGGUGCAAUGAAAUCAAUAGAGAAAUAGGAAAAAUAAAAGAUUUGA